AUGCCUGACCGGGACAGUUCCUACCUGUCAGGUGGUGGUGGGAGUGCUGGUGGUCUGGGUGAGGAAGGAGGACCUGGGUCUGGUUUGGCAGGGGGCUCGGCAGAGGGCAGAGGAGGUUCAGGAGGAAGUGUAGGAGGCAACGUCUCUGGCUCUGGGAGUAUGGGGGGAGGAGGGGCGCUCGGAAAUGGCAACAGCUGUGGGAACGGUGGAGGUGGGGGGCAAGGUGCAGGACUGGCGUUGGAUGGUGUCUGCAGGGACUUCAUACGCAAUGUUUGCAAGAGAGGGAAGCGCUGCCGCUUUAGACACCCAGACUUUAAUGAGGUGCCAGACUUGGGAGUGCAAAAGAAUUAAUUCAUCUUCUGUCAUGACCACCAGAAUAAGGAGUGUAUGCGCUCCAACUGCCGCUUUGUCCAUGGAUCUAAAGAGGAUGAGGACUAUUAUAAAAAAACAGGAGAGCUACCCCUCAGACUAAGAGGGAAAGUUGCAGCAAGACUGGGCCUGUCGCCCAUGGAUCUCCCCCAUAGCCGUGGGGAGGUCCCCAUCUGCAGAGACUUCCUGAAGGGAGAGUGCCAGAGGGGCAAUAAAUGUAAAUUUCGCCAUGUCAAAAAAGACUAUGAAUAUGAGCCUUCCAGGGUUGGAGUGGGUGGUGUUGUGGGGCCAGGUCCCAGUGGAAUGGUGAAUGCUGGUGGAGGGAUAGGUGGUGGAGGAGGGGGUGCCUGUGGAGGAAUGCAAGGACUUGUGGGGGGUGGAGGUGGAAGUAAUAUGAUGGGGAUGGGUUGCCCCAGCCUGGGUGGUUGCAGAGAUCCAGUUAUCUCAGGAGUUGGGGGAGUAGGUGGAGGUGGGAUGACUGGUUGUCUGUCCAUAAGUUCUUCAGGACAGCGGCGUUAUGACAGGAGCGCAUGCUCAGUGUAUGACCCUCUGCUUGAAAGUGGGCUGUUUGAUGCUAGCUCCCUGGAGGCCUCUAUGGACCACACUGCUCUACAGUUCAAGAGGCGGCGGUUGGAGGGGCUGCGCCUGGCAGAUGGGAGUGGAGGUGGGCACUAUGAGCUGGGACUGCAAGCCACUUUGCCGACACGUCCUCUGGAGUACAGGUUCCUCGAGGAAGAAAACUCCCUGCUGAGGAAGAGAGUGGAAGAGUUGAAGAAGCAGGUUUCAAAUCUCAUUGCCACAAAUGAGGUUCUUCUGGAGCAGAACGCCCAGUUCCGAAACCAGGCCAAGGUGAUGACGCUGUCCUCCACUCCUGCACCCACUGAGCAGAGUCUGGCGCCCCCUGUGGGUGCAGUAAGUUCCUAUAAUCAUGGCAUCGCCCAGACUCACACCACUCUGAGCAGCGCUGGACUGCAGCCUCGGCCUGUCACUCAGCAAGACCUGGUAGCUCCUACCGGUGCCCCUGCAGCGCCCCCGACUAAUGCUGCCCCACCUACAGCCCCUCCGCCCCACCUCAACCCUGAGAUCACCCCCCUCUCAGCCGCCCUUGCACAGACCAUUGCCCAAGGGAUGGCACCACCUGUUUCUAUGGCACCAGUAUCUGUAUCUGUGGCACCAGUGGCAGUGUCCAUGACACAGCCUCUGCCUGGCAUCACCAUGAGUCACGCCACCACCCCGAUGGUGUCGUACCCCAUAGCGAGUCAAAGCAUGAGGAUCACCACUCUGCCUCACUAACUGAUUAAUUGCAGCACUGUAGUACCCAUAAAUCAGACUGUAGCGUCCUUGACUGGGAUUUUUAACGUAGAUUGUCUUCUUUUAUGUGUAUGAGCUCAGCUGAUGACAGUACAGUGACAGUGUCUAGACCUGUAACAGUGAGGUAAAGACACUUGUACUUCUCCACCAGAGGGCAGGAUAAAGAUUACUUUAUUCAGCCUCCCUGUGUAUUCUAUGACAACAUCAUAAAUGCAUUUUUUCCUACAGACUGACUGCCCUGUGAACAGCCUUUGCACCAAAAAUGGCAACAAACUGCAAAUAUGAGGUCAUCCAUAGUGUUUGAACCAUUUUCUGCAAGACUGCUGUGCCGUCCUUGUGGGGACAUGAAGACUUUGGAAGCAGUUUGUGUUUAUAUUUUUGUGGAUUGCUCUGGUGUAAAUUAACUUUGGUACUUUGCACAUUUAAAAAAAAAAGAAUAACAAACACUGAA